AUGAAAAAUCUGAAUGCUCUUGCAAGAUUCAUGUCAGGAUUUAUAUUGACCAGGGAUGCAUUGGAUCGGAGAGAGAAAGGAUCAACAAAGAUUCGGGCUAAACCAAAUCUCCAUUCCAAAAGUUUUUCAAGGAACAAAUCACUGACCAGCACUACAUGUGGAGAUUCUGAGGACUGCACUUCACUGAUGAAAACAAGACUGUCCUUGGGGAAGUUUUUGCCGGAUCUUUCGUGGUUGGUUGUUGCUUCGAUCAUGAAAAACAUUGUGUUUCACAUAAGAACAGUGCAGACCAAGAUUGUUUAUAAGAUUGUAACAGAUGAAGAAGGCUCCAGCAGCAGCAGCUCUUUGAGUUCGAUGAAUACCACAGAGGAAGACGGUGUUUCACUAUCGAUAGUGGUUCAGUUUAACCCUGUGGGCCGAGGAUUCUCAAGAUCUUGA